UUUUCCUAACCUCAGAUUUUUAAAACAAAUGACACAUGUCAAAUAAUUUUCCUAACCUAACAUUUUCAAAAUUGUAAUUUAAAAAAAAAGUUAAAUAAAUUACUCCUUGUUUUAAGAAAAUGUCUGAUGAAGAGGACGACAAACCCCAGUUAUCUGCAAGCACCUUCCAGGCGCUUCAGGAGUUUUACAAAGAGCAAGAAGAAAGAGAAAAACGAUUUUUGUCAUCUGAUGAAAAUCCUACUUUAGACGAAAACUGGCAACUAAGCCAAUUUUGGUACGACGACAAAACCACAGAAAACUUAGUUAAUGUAGCUUUAAAAGAAGUGGGACCUGAGGGUAAAAUAGCACUGGUUUCUUGUCCCACACUUUACAAAAAAAUGAAAGAAUGUUUAAGCGAAAAGGGGGAGGUAACGCUUUAUGAAUAUGAUCACCGUUUUAGUGUUUAUGGGAAAGAUUUUAUUCCUUAUGAUUACAAGUCCCCAUUAGGGGUACCACGCGAAAAAGCAAGUUGUUACGAUCUUGUGAUUGCUGAUCCACCUUUUUUGUCCGAGGAAUGUUUAACAAAAGUUGCUGCCACUCUUAAAUUCCUAACUAAAGAGAAAAUCAUCCUGUGUACAGGCGCAGUAAUGGAAAAAUUCGUUGAACGUUUACUAGAUUUGAAGAAAACUCCUCUAAAGCCCCAACAUAGAAACAACUUGGGAAAUGAAUUUUACUGUUAUUCCAAUUUUAAGAUUGAAUGUUAAUAAAACACGUUUCACAUGGUA